AUGGGAAAAAUAGGCUUAACUAAACGUACGAAGAGCGCUUAUGAUCCCACGUACACAAAACCUCUGAAUAAACCACAAUCGCCCAAGACUUUGGCUAAAAGGGCUAACAAGGCCUCGAUCCGGGUUCUCCAGAAACUGCUUGAUAAAUACCUACCGCCUCCCCCUGGGGCCGCCGAAGGCCAGAAAGAUGCCUUACUGGAAUAUCUAUGA